AUGACUGCGUUCAUACAUAGAAGGAGGCUGUUUGAAGAACUGUCGAUGAAGGAGUGGGACAUCCCGUACGACGAGCUGAAGCUGUUCGAGGUGAUCGGUACGGGGCGGUUCGGCACCGUGUACCGCGGCAGCUGGCACGGUGCGGUGGCCGUUAAGCUGCUGCACGUGCACUCGCUCACCGACCACUGCCUGCAGCUGGACACCUUCAAGCACGAGGUACGUGCCUUCGCCUUCACUCGUCAAGCUGCUGCACGUGCACUCGCACACCGACCACUGCCUGCAGCUCGACAACCUACAAGCACGAGUUGGAUACCUCCAACCGCGAGGUACGUGCCUUCGCCUUCACUCGUCAAGCUGCUGCACGUGAACUCGCUCACCGACCACUGCCUGCAGCUCGACACCUUCAAGCACGAGGUAGCGACGUUCCGCAAGACGCGGCACGAGAACCUGGUGCUGUUCAUGGGCGCGUGUAUGAAGCCGCCUCGCCUCGCCAUCGUCACGUCGCUGUGCAAGGGCAUGACGCUGCACACGCACAUCCACCUGCGCAAGGACAAGUUCACCGCCAACAAGAGCGUGCUCGUCGCGCAACAGAUCUCGCAGGGUAUGGGAUAUCUCCACGCGCGGGGUAUCAUCCACAAGGAUCUCAAAACAAAAAACAUAUUCCUCGAGAAUGGCAAAGUUGUGAUCACAGACUUCGGCCUGUUUAGCGUAACUAAACUUUGUUUCGGAACCAACGCGCGCGGCGACAGUCUGGGCAUCCCGCCGGGCUGGCUAUGCUACCUGGCGCCCGAGCUGGUACGCGCGCUGCGUCCGCACGCCUCGCUGCAUCUGCCCUUCUCCAAGGAUACAGACGUCUACGCAUUCGGAACGGUCUGGUAUGAGCUACUGUGUGGUGAAUACCCUUUCAAGGGGCAGCCGCCUGAGGCGAUCAUAUGGCAAGUGGGGAAGGGAGCUAAGCAGUCACUGUCUAACAUGCAAGCUUCUCGAGAUAUCAAAGAUAUUUUAAUGCUGUGCUGGUCAUACCGUGCGAACGAACGACCUGAUUUCCCCCACCUCCUGUCAACACUGGAGAAGCUGCCGCGUAAGAGGCUCGCUCGGUCUCCCUCGCACCCCGUACAUCUGUCUCGCUCUGCGGACUCGGUGUUCUGA